AUGUACAUGAACGUCUUCCGCAUCUUGGGCGAUGUGUCCCAUACUGCGUCCAAAUGCAUCCUGAUCUAUGCCAUCCACUCCAACAAGAGUGCUGAAGGUGUAUCCCUCAUCACCCAGAUCCUCUACAUCGCCGUCUUCUGCACGCGAUACCUUGACCUGUUCUGGGUCCGGCCCUCCUUGUCAUGGUGGAACUUCAUUCUCAAGAACUUCUACAUCUGGUCGUCGAUCUAUAUCAUCGUCUUGAUGACCAGGGUGUAUGCGCGGACCCGAGAAAGAGAAAAGGCCUGGAAGUGGGGAGCCUACGCAGCUGGAGCCUCCUUUGUUGCUGCUCCUGUCGUCUCACUCAUCUUCAACGGCUGGCGGGCGACCACAUUCGUCGAGGUGCUCUGGACCUUUUCCAUCAUCCUCGAGUCGGUCUGCGUGCUCCCUCAACUGCUGCUCCUGCGGCAGACCACGGUGCCCACGGUGAUUGACUCGUUCUAUCUGGUCACCCUUGGCUCGUAUCGGGCAUUCUACCUGCUCAACUGGAUCUACCGCGCCUUCACCUCGUUGAAGCCCGAUCCCAUCUCCGUUCUUUUCGGCAUCGUACAGACCGCCUUCUACGUUGAUUUUGCCUGGGUGUAUUGGACGAGACAGCGGGUCAAGCUCCGCGGAGGUACGGUCGUGGACACAGAUGAUUUGCGGAAAGGCUGGCUGGUAGACAGGGUCAUCAACCAGCCUCUGGCGGCUGAGGAAGAUCCAGAAGCCCAACCUGGGGACCCUGAUGGUCCUGCCCAACCACCCAAGGUGAAUCGCUGGGGACCGCGUGGGAUUUCAAUCUCGGCGGACGACACACUGCACGAGCACGACAGGACGAAGCAGACGGCCCCCAAAGCUUCCACCCCCAAUCCUGAAGAAGGCACUGUCUUGGAAGAUGACGACGUGUUCGCCUCAGAUGUCGACGAUGAUGUCCCGGCGCUCGGUGGGCAGGCAAAUCAGGUGCUGAACAGCCAUGAUCAAUGGCGAGACAGUUCUCCUUCCAGCAAGUGA